UACAUCCUUUCGGUUUCACUCGAUUCAUUUUUUAUCCGUUUUUUUUUUUUUCAAAAACUUACUAAAACACUAUCGAUGCAUAAUCAUCGAAUUUCCAUAAAUAUUUCAUACGCAUUCAAGUUCGAUGAUAAUGCAAAAUGACUACGACUACAAUAAUAAGAUCGUAGCUGCUCUGAUGAGGUGGUUAUAAUAACAAAAGUCGAUUGCUUGAGUACCUCUGUCCCAUUCGUGUAUCAACCGUGAAGCAGUUGUUUGCAUGGCUUUGUUUUGGUUUGAAGGGUGUCUUAUUCCACCAUUCCCAUCCUACAAAAUUCAAAUACAACCUGCUUGCAUACUUUCUAGGUAAAUUGUGUCAAAUAUAUAAUGUAGUAAUGUAAAAUUUGUCAUUGACAAAUAUUUGACAUAUCAAACAAUUUCUAUACAUUAGCCCGCUAUAUAUUAAAACAAAUAGCGACUGAUGUAUCCUUCGUCCUCUUUUUAGUAAUUAUAUUUGCAUAAAAAAAAGGAGGUAUUCAUAUGAUUUGGGGGGAAGGGAUUGUUAGUAAUGGAGACUGAGAAUCCCAUUGCUAGCUAUAUACCCAACCAGGUCGACCUCCUCGCGGUUCCCCCUGGGAACUAUCAUGGUUAAUUCCUGAUGAAUUCAUCAUGAUGAGCUAACUGGCCUGUUUUCAUUCUCAUCUAUCACCCUUCACCGGUGCUCCGCCAGCGUAUCCCGUUAGCGCAGGCGGUUACCAUACCAUUUUCACCUAAAAAAAAAACCAUAUGAUUUAGUUUUUAUUUUAUCAUUCCUUCUAUGUAAUUCCUUGUUCUUAGAUAGAAAACGUGUAUGUAAAAUUUUUGGUCAUUUACAUUAUAGAUUAUAUAUAUGACACAAUUUACGUAGAAAGUAUGCAAGCAGGUUGUAUUUGAAUUUGGUAGGUUUAUACGGCUGUAUAUCAUUUUCUGCACACUAAACGGCUGUGAUUAAUAAAAAUAGCAACUGAUAUCUAAUCUCUUUCUAAUGUAUCUUUCGUCCUUUUUUUACUAAUUAUAUUUGCAUAAGAAGAAAGGAGGCAACCAUAUGAUUUACAGUUUUUAUUUUAUCAUUCCUUCUAUGUGAUUCCUUUUUCUAAGUAUUGAAUAUGACAAGUUUAGAAUAACAGAUUAUACGGUAGUCGUUAUACGGCCGUGUUUAUUUUUGUAAACUGUACUCAUUUACUGAGUUUUGUACUCUUUUUUUUCGCAAACCGUACUCUUUUCAAAUCCUGUACUCUAAAAGUGCUUAUUUGUAUAAUUUUAUACUCAUUUGUAUUUCUAAAACAUUUUUUUAGAUUAUUUUAUUUCAAUUUUAAUCAUCAAAUAUUAAAAAUUUAAUUAAUAAAAUUGGCAUUUUAGAGUAGAACAUAUCCCAUAUGAAAGUAUAAAAGAUUUAAUAGAAAUUUCCUUAUAUCGUCCAGGCACUAAUGCUGCUGUUGAAAGAGCAUUUUCACUAGGAAAUGAUCAUUAGAGCAGUGAGAAGUCGCAACUUUCUGUAAAAACAUUGUCUGCCACCUUAACAGUCAAAUUUAAUAUGUAAAAUGAAAGUUGUUCGGAUAUGGCUACAUUAUUAGACGAACAUAUUAAUUUAGCCAAAAAAGACCACUCCGAAGAAAAAUAUGUUUUUAAAAGAAAAUAAAGUUAUAAAACUUAUCGUUUUUUCUUCUUUUUUUCACCUAUGAAAUUAUUGCAAAGUGAACUCUUUUUGAACAAGAAAUAGUUGGUCGCCUUAUCUAUACACUAGCAUGCUAAAUGAGCUAGUUGCCAAUUUUUCAGAAACAUGUUUAAAACAUGUCUCGUAGUCAAAUGUACUAUAAAUAUAAAUAUUUCAGUAAAAUUGAAAUGUUUUCAUGUUUUAUAUUUUCAUUGAAUACAUUUAAAUUUCGCGCCAAAACAAUACGAAUUGUCAUAACUUCUUGCAUGACGUCACGUCCUGACAAACAACAAUAUGCUUUGUUCACAAAACUAUCCGUCUGAGAAUUUUACGAAAAUGAUUACUUCAAAGUUUUAUAAGUGCUGUGCUGUGCCAUUAUGUAAAAAUACAACAAUCAAAACACCUAAUAAACUAUUUAUUUCCGUACCACAAAACCAAAAUGUACGGAAAAAGUGGCUGCAACUAGCAAGACGGGAUCGCACUACUUACACAAGUCAUAAAUUGUAUUUUUGUGAAGACCACUUUGAUUUACCGAACGAUAUGGAGAACUAUAUGGAGUAUCAUGUCAUGGGACGUGUAACGCAAAUACGCACAAAACCAGGAUGCCUUCCUAGUAAAUUCGUUUGUCAACCAGACAGGUUAAAACGAACGAGUAUGCCAAGAGAACGGCCAUACAUAGUAAAAAAACAAAGAAAGAUGACAAUUGAAGAAUGCCUUAAUACAUUUAGCUGUAACUCACAAGAACGUACUAAACCAGUUGCAGUUAAACAUAUUAUCUCCGAUAUCAGUGCAGUAUCCACAGUGCAUGGCAGAUCAAACAUGGCUACGAGCAAUACACAAGGUGAAAAUUGCUAUGUCGCCCACAACACCAGAGGGCAGAUGACUCCACACCAUGAAGAGCGUCCAGACUGCUGCACAGUUAUGAAUACCACACAGGAACUGUUGAUUGAACAAGAUGAUUUUCAGCAUGGCACAGACGGAGCGGGAGUUGUGAAGACAGAGUAUGUUGACGUCACUGAAGAAUCGGAAGCUAAUCAAGUAACAUGCUAUGGUGAGGGAAAUGAUCUCUUGAAGCUAUAUGAGGAUCAUGAAAUAAAGGAUGAGUUGGUUAUAGGACCCACACUUGUACAAAGAGGGUCCGUCUUUGGUAUUACUGAACAUACAGAAUCUGAUUCUAAACGAGUUCUGUAUAAUGAGGAUGAGGAGCAUAAUGUCUAUAAACCUGAACACCAGAAAAGAAGAAUAUCAUGUGAUAAAGUUCAUUCAUGUGAGGUAUGCAGUAAGACAUUGGAGUCCUACAAUACACUGGAAUGCCAUAUGUUAGUCCAUACUGAACAAGAAAUAUAUACGUCUAAUGAAAAGCCAUACACUUGUGAUGUAUUUGGUAAAUGAUUUAAUAGAAAAUCGAGAUUGCAAUGGCAUUUGUCUAUACGUACUGGUGAGAAAACAUAUAGUUUUUUUUUAAUGGGUGAUAAUGAUAUGGUGACCCUGUCUGCGCUAUCGGUAUACAAUGGUGAGGCACCGGUGAAAGAUGACUAAUGAGGAUGAAAGCAGGUCAGUUAGUCCAUCCUGAUGAAUUCAACUAGAAUUAGCCACGAUGGUGUCCAGGGGGAACCACGUGGAGGUCAACCUGACAGGGUUAUUUGACCCAAUUACUACCAAUCCCUUUCCCCCCGAAGCUAUAUAGUUACGAUGUAUGUAAUAAAUGUUUUAGUCAUAAAUGUUAUUUGAAAGCGGCUAGACAUCAGCCUUGACGCAGCGAUGAAAUACUGAAAUGUUAUUCAGUAAUUCCUAACACGCGACACUAGCGCUAAAGUUAGCAAAGACGAGCGGCAUAAACGGGAACUACUCAAAGCUGUGCGAUUUGACAUUUUGUCAUAGUAUUUGGUAUUCACUAACAAAAGUCAGCCUCGUCUUCGCCGACAGCCUAAUCUAUGGCCUCAUAUAUCUUAUGUCAAAAUCAAGAGCUUUGUUUUCUACUCUGUUUGCAUAGUAUUCCAAUAAUAAAUUUGUUUCUCGAAUUCUGUAAUUUUUAAUUGCAUUGAAAUUAUCAAUUUGUGUUUAAAAACAAUGGCUGCUCGUUUAUGUGUAAUGAUCCAUAUAUUGGAAGAAGCUAAAAUAGAAAAUGACUGUAAGAAAUGGCGGCAAUCAUCAACUUUACGUGAUGUGGAUUAUUUUCAUCGUCACCAACAUUCUGGAGACUUGAUCAAUAUGUUAGAAAGGGAAUUUGCACCAUGCGGACAUUAAGUAAAGUUUAGAUUUGCUUAAACUGAGACGCGAAGGUUCGUAACUUAAAUUUUAUAUAUUCUUUAUUGCACUUGUAAAUUACAUUGUUAAUGCAUUUAAAAAUAUUGUGAGCAUGGGUGGACCAAUCUCUGACAGAGAUCUCUUCCAGUCAACCCAAUGCAGUUAGAAAACAUGUUGUUAACGGGCAGCUGAAGUGCUACAACUAUUAAUAUUUAGUGUACAUAAACAAAUAUACAAUUAAAUAAAAUAUUAAGAUUUUA